UGCUAACUAGGCAACAGGCUCUGACAUUUCAAUUUCUCAACUUUUAAUAUUUGAACAUUUCAGUUUUGUAGAACACGUAACAGGAGAAGACUAAAUUUCUAGUAGCAGUAGAGUAUCAGAAGUAAAAUGGCACCAAAUUUUGUGCAAAGUUCUGGAGUUCUUACGUUGAACAUCGAUGAACUGAGGAAACUCGUUGAACCCGCCGAUAUCGAGUGCUUGGAGCAAAUUAAACAGGAGGAGACCAGGUUGAAAUCCAAUCGCGAAGUCAUCCAGAAGAAACUGAAUCAACUGCUGCGUCGUAUCAACGACCUGGACGACGAGGUUGAGAGGGAAGAAAUUACCGAGCUGGAGUUCCAAUCCAUGAAUGCCGUAAGGAACUUUCUGAACCUGCGCCAUCAGCAGUUGGCGGAGAGACUCGUUCGCGUCGGAACUCAACUGGCCAGGACAAAAAUAGAUCUCAAGCGUCGAGAGGUGGCCAUCUUUAAGGACGUUAAAGCCAGGGGAUUGAUAUAAAAGGGUUGUAACAAGCUGAGCACCAAGACCAUAUUCGUUCCUAACUUGGGUGACUUUAAAAGUACCAUCAGCAGUUGUUCGAGAGAAUUGUUUUCAUGGAAUCCAACUGCCCUUUGCAAAAAAAGAACUGAAGAAUGUAUCUAAAAUAUUUUUGGAGAACUUUAUAAAAUCCAGUUUUUACAUAUUUUCAUCGGCUUAUCUGCGGGCAUAUAGGAGUGGUAUUAAAAACUAUAAAGAUUACCUAUUA